AUGUCCUCCCCCGAGGAGCUGCAUCGGUCCAUCGCUCAUAUUGUCCGCGGCCUCGCAAAGCAACAUGCUCCCCCUUCCGAUGCUUCCUUCAACGGCCAGCUGGGCGCCCAUGCCCUGCAAAAUCUCCCCUUCUCUCUGCCUGGUCCCGACUCCGAGGAGAAGGCUAAUCUCGAGCGUGAGCUAGCCAGCCUCGCUGCACGUAUACAAUACCUCGAAGCCAAAGCCGGCGUUGUCGACAGCCGCAACUUCCCCAUAACACCGGGAGAGCCUACUGCCUCCCAGUUCGCCUACGAUGCCGUCCCCCCUGCCAUCGCGGGCGCCGAAUCCGAAACCCCAGCCCGUCGGGCCUCCAAGGAGCGCGCCGCCUGGGUCAGCGACUGGCUGGCCUCGAGGGAGUCCGAUGGCGACGGCGAUGUGCCUGCAGCUGCCCUUACCCAGGAGCAGCUCAACUACCUUCGCGAUCACCUGAACAAGCAAGCCGACCAGAUCAAGAACCAGCGCGAACACAUUGACAACCUCAGCGCCGAGGUGAACAAGCAGCUCAACAACCAGAGCCUGGCAUUCGAGCAUGGCAUCGAGGACAUCGGCGCCUUGAAGCGGGAGCUCGGCAAACACCAGCAGGCCAACCUGGCCUUCCAGAAAGCCCUUCGCGAGAUUGGCAACAUUGUCACUGCCGUCGCCAUGGGUGACUUGAGCAAGAAGGUGCUCAUUCACGCCAAGGAGAUGGACCCGGAAAUCAUGAACUUCAAGCGUACUAUCAAUAAGAUGGUGGACCAACUCCAAGAGUUUGCCAGUCAGGUCACUUUCCUUGCCAAGGAAGUCGGAACCGAAGGAAGGCUGGGUGGACAGGCCAACCUUCCAGGCGUCGAUGGUAUUUGGGCUGAGCUGACUGAUAGUGUCAAUGUCAUGGCCAAGAACCUUACCGAACAGGUGCGAGAAAUCGCCAUUGUCACCACUGCUGUCGCGCACGGCGACCUCAGUAAGAAGAUUGAAAGACCAGCGCGAGGAGAGAUUCUCCAGCUGCAGCAGACGAUCAACGUCAUGGUGGACCAGUUGAGGUCGUUUGCUACCGAAGUCACCAAAGUCGCCAGGGACGUCGGUACCGAGGGUAAACUCGGUGGCCAGGCCGAGAUUGCUGGAGUCCAAGGCAUGUGGAACGAACUGACUGUGAACGUGAAUGCCAUGGCCCAAAACCUUACCACGCAGGUGCGAGAUAUCGCACAGGUUACCACGGCUGUUGCCCAAGGAAAUCUCACGCGAAAGGUUGAAGCUGAAUGCAAGGGCGAGAUUCUGGAGCUCAAGAACACCAUCAACCGCAUGGUGGACCAACUCCAACAGUUCGCACACGAAGUCACCAAGAUUGCCCGAGAGGUCGGAUCUGAGGGUCGACUCGGUGGCCAGGCCACUGUACAUGGAGUCGAAGGCACAUGGAAAGACCUGACUGAGAAUGUCAACGGCAUGGCCAUGAACCUCACCACCCAGGUGCGAGAGAUUGCAGAAGUCACCACAGCCGUGGCCCGAGGUGAUCUCAGCCGAAAGGUGAAGGCUGAGGUACAAGGCGAGAUCUUGUCUCUGAAGAUCACCAUCAAUACCAUGGUAGAUCGACUCAACACCUUCGCGCAGGAAGUCAGCAAGGUGGCUCGUGAGGUCGGAACCGACGGUAUUUUGGGUGGCCAGGCAAAGGUCGACAACGUUGAGGGCAAGUGGAAGGAUUUGACCGACAAUGUCAACACCAUGGCACAGAAUUUGACCGCUCAAGUGCGAAGUAUCUCGGAGGUUACGCAGGCCAUUGCUAAGGGAGAUAUGAGCCGCAGGGUGCACGUCGAUGCUGAAGGCGAAAUCCGACUCCUGAAGGACACCAUCAACGACAUGGUUACUCGUCUCGACGACUGGUCGCUGGCAGUCAAGCGUGUGGCACGUGAUGUGGGUGUCGACGGAAAGAUGGGUGGACAAGCCGACGUGCAAGGCAUCGAUGGACGCUGGAAGGAGAUCACUACUGACGUCAACACCAUGGCCCAGAACCUUACGUCUCAAGUGCGAGCCUUUGGCGACAUCACCAAUGCCGCCAUGGAGGGCAAGUUCACUCAGAUUACCGUUGAGGCAUCUGGUGAGAUGGACGAGCUGAAGCGCAAGAUCAAUCAGAUGGUGUCCUCGCUCCGGGAGAGUAUUCAAAGAAAUACGGCAGCCAGGGAGGCAGCCGAACUUGCAAACAAGACGAAGUCAGAAUUCCUUGCCAACAUGUCUCACGAGAUCCGGACGCCUAUGAACGGCAUCAUCGGUAUGACCCAGCUGACACUCGACACUGACCUGGCGCCUGCGCAAAGAGAAAUGCUCACCAUUGUCCACAAUCUGGCUGGCCAACUUCUGACCAUCAUUGAUGAUAUCCUCGAUAUCAGCAAGAUCGAAGCCAACCGCAUGGUCAUGGAAGAGAUUCCGUUCUCGCUCCGUGGGACCAUCUUCAACGCGUUGAAAUCUCUCGCCUCCCGGGCCAACGAGCGGAAGCUGACUCUGGCCUACAUUGUUGACAGCUCGGUUCCCGACUACAUUGUUGGAGACUCGUUCCGUCUGAGGCAGAUCAUUCUAAACCUGGUCGGCAACGCAAUCAAGUUCACCGAGCAUGGAGAAGUCAAGGUGGAAAUUACAAUGGCCAAUGAUCAAGACUGCGCAGCGGAUCAAUAUGUAUUUCAGUUCAGUGUCUCCGACACUGGUAUCGGUAUUCAUGGCGACAAACUCAAUCUCAUCUUCGACACCUUCCAACAGGCCGAUGGAUCCACGACCAGGAAGUUCGGUGGCACAGGUCUUGGUCUCUCCAUCUCGAAGCGGCUUGUUUCGCUCAUGGGAGGUCGCAUGUGGGUCGAGUCUGAUUACGGACGUGGUAGCACAUUCUACUUCACGUGCAAGGCACGCCUGGGCAAUCCGGACGUGAGCGCGUUGCAGGCGUCUUUGUCGCCAUAUAGCAGGCACACAGUGCUGUUUGUCGAUCAAGGGUACACUCAGUUCUCGGAACAGAUUGUGGAGUACCUCAAGCAGCUCGAUCUCACGCCUGUUGUGGUCCACUCUGUCGAUGAGGUUCCUAGCUUGGAUAAGCGUGCAUCUCCGGAGAUGCCAUUCGACUGUGUCAUUGUCGACAACGACCGCACCGCCAGAGAGCUGAGGGUGGCCGAGCGGUUCAAGUAUAUUCCACUGGUCAUGCUGACGCCGAAGGUGCAUAUCAGCUUGAAGUCCGCUCUCGAAGACGGUAUCUCGAGCUACAUGACGACUCCUUGCCUGCCCAUUGAUCUUGGCAAUGCAUUGAUCCCGGCUCUCGAUGGACGGGCGGCUCCUCUGGUUUCGGACCAUUCCAAGUCAUUCAACAUUCUGCUUGCGGAAGACAACGCCGUCAAUCAGAAGCUUGCUGUGCGCAUCCUGCAGAAGUACAAUCAUACCGUUACAGUUGCAAACAAUGGUUUGGAGGCGUUUGAGCACAUCAAGAAGAAGCGGUAUGACUGCGUCCUCAUGGACGUUCAAAUGCCGGUCAUGGGUGGAUUUGAAGCCACUGCAAAGAUUCGCGAAUGGGAACGUGAGAACCACAUCCCUUCAACUCCUGUCAUUGCCCUGACUGCACACGCCAUGGUGGGUGACAGAGAGAAGUGCCUCGCUGCUCAGAUGGACGACUAUCUUUCGAAACCACUCAGGCAGAAUCAGCUCAUCCAGACGAUUCUGAGAUGCGCGACCCUUGGAGGAGGGCUGUACGAGCGUGAUCAGGCGCAUGCGAAUGCCAAUGUGGAUCACUUGGCUGCACCCGAGAUUACUGUCGAUGAAAACGGGACAGGUACGCCACAGUCCACACCGCGAAGGCCGCAGCUUGAAACUAGGGGCUUCACCGAUCGUGGUGCGUCGACUGAAAGCCCGUCGCUGUUGGCUGCCGACCAGCAAGAUCCUGUUGACAGACUCUUGCUUCGAUCGCACAGCAGUUGA